ACAUUCUUCCUGGUACAGUAAGCUUAGAUAAUCCCCAAUUUUUCCGUAUUAUUUCGCCUUGCAAGUUAAAAUUAUAUUUUCCAUCUUUGUGCUCUGUUUUUGCUUGAGUUUUUGCUUCGCUUUUGUAUUCUCGUGCGAAAAACCGCUGAACGCAAUUUACCCAAAAUGCAUUGCGUGACUCAUUUCCAAUAUGGCCGCCUCAGGGUGCUUUCUAGUGCGUUGCGUGCUUGAAAGUUAUUAGAAACUAAAACUAACGCGAAAUAUUUUAAUCUUCGAAACAUUUAAGACGUGUAUCGACGAAAAAUCUGUUAGAAAUUUCAAAACUUGAAAGGCGUUGUCUUCCUGUUUAUACGACUUGCUCCAGCAAACGAGACAAGAGAAAUGGCGAAUUCAAGCAACGAAUCUCUGAUAAUGACUUUACUGGAACAAAUCAGGGCUUUGGAGGAUGAAAGAGACAAGGCUUUGGAGCUGGCGGGCGAACUUGGGGCGAAGGUUAAAAUGAAUGGUCCGCUAUCAACAGAUUCUAACGAGGACAGAGCUAGUGUUACCUCUAGCAACAGUGAAGAAUCCGAACCGAAACUUGAGAAGUUACGAGAAGAAAAUGAGGUACUGAGAGGAACCAUUGAAACAAUGACACAAACGGUAGUCUUUGAUCUGGAAGAGAUUCGACUCAACGAAGAACAAAGAAGGUUUAAUCUAAAAGAACUUAUCUGCGAACAGCAGAAUGACAAAUCAGGAGAGUCAAACGAGGACAUGGAUGCUAAUAGUUACAGGACAAUGUUGGAUAUGUGUAAAAAGUACUAUGGAAAAAUGGUUGCUGAACUUCAGGAGGAAAGAGGUUCAUUGCAGCAGAAGGUUGAAAAACAGCAAGCUUUGCUCUUAGAAAAAGACAUGAAAAUUACUGAACUUGAGAUGAAGCUCCAGCAAGUUUCCAAAAAGUAGGCAAUGAUUAAGCAAUCUGUUAUAAAACUAUGCAUUGACCAAUAAGCAUUAUUCUAACUCAGCUAGAUUGAAAUAAGCAGCUCUAGAGGUGUUGAAUGGUAUGGGCGGCCAUCACCACCAAAAGUACAAGAUUAUUAAAUGGCACAGACCAAACAUAAAUGGUUUAGUGAUGGUUUGCAAAAUGGAAUAAAUGAUUGACAAAUGA